AUUUCUCAGCGCAUUUCUCAAGUGCAACCGCCAUAAACUCCGCGAACACCUCGUGGCCUUGGCUGACCUCGACCAUGUUCAGAUUAAACGCACUUCUGAGUCGAGACGACCCCGACCUGGAAACAUGCUUGCACCGGCUCGACAUCCUCGCCAUCGGGGUCGAAGCACCCAAGGACGACUUCCCCGUCCCCAUGACGCUCUACCACUGGUUGCCGCCCACCGUCCGGACCAUUACCAGAGUUACUGUUGCUCCGCGUCUCUUUUCCAUGAUGAAGGAGUGUGUCUCCCUGGGCACAUUCUUCGUGGGCGACGACAUCGACGUGUCCGAGAUCUUUACGAGGCUCCUUACGGAGCGAGGCGAGAGUCCGGAAUCACUGACGCCGCAAGUCCUUGCGGACCUGAUCGCCGCUGGGGAGGUCUCGGUGCCGGCGAAAGGGGCCUUUAUACGCUUCUUCUCGUUUACUGUAUUCAGCAACGACCCAUCUCCUUCAGCAGUCUCUGGCGAGGGUGAAAUUCGGGUGUGGAAGUGGGUGAAGCGGGAAAGCAUGUACCGCAAGAGUGGGGUCUGGGAGCCGGACUUGCAUAAAGUCCUGGACCACGGGGAAUGGAAUGCUGGUAAAAACCUAGUGAUACUCUCAGCAGGGGUGGCAGAGGAAGCGUGGCAGACCGCAGUGGCCAGACACCGAGUGAUCCCGACUCUGGAAGGCCUAUUGAGAGUGUAA